GUUGAUAAACUUGGAAAAGAUUCUCUUGUAAACUGUGCCAAGACAAGCAUGUCAUCAAAGUUGAUAGCAGCUGAUAGUGACUUCUUUGCUAAUAUGGUUGUUGAAGCAGUACAGGCAGUCAAGAUGACUAAUGCGAGGGGUGAAAUUAAAUAUCCUAUCAAGGGUAUUAAUUUACUUAAAGCACACGGGAAAAGUGCAAAAGAUAGCUAUCUAUUGAAGGGUUAUGCUCUGAAUACUGGCCGUGCUGCCCAAGGAAUGCCACUGAGAGUUUCGCCUGCACGGAUUGCUUGUCUUGAUUUCAAUCUUCAAAAGACAAAAAUGCAGAUGGGCGUUCAAGUAUUGGUAACUGAUCCUCGAGAGCUUGAAAGGAUUCGCCAAAGAGAAGCUGACAUGACAAAAGAACGGAUUCAGAAACUUUUGAGUGCGGGAGCCAAUGUGGUCCUGACUUCAAAAGGGAUUGAUGACAUGGCACUGAAGUACUUUGUGGAAGCUGGUGCCAUUGCAGUUAGACGUGUACGCAAAGAGGAUUUGCGCCAUGUUGCCAAGGCAACCGGCGCAACUGUGGUCUCAACAUUUGCGGAUAUGGAAGGAGAAGAAACUUUUGAACCAUCACUUCUUGGACAUGCUGAGGAGGUAGUGGAGGAGCGGAUUGCUGAUGAUGAUGUGAUUAUGGUAAAAGGAACCAAAAACUCAAGUUCGGUUUCAUUAAUACUUAGAGGUGCAAAUGACUUUAUGCUUGAUGAGAUGGAGAGGGCCCUCCAUGAUGCUUUAUGCAUUGUGAAGAGAACACUUGAGUCAACAACUGUUGUUGCUGGUGGUGGGGCUGUUGAGGCUGCUUUAUGUGUCUACUUGGAGUACCUAGCUACUACUCUUGGGUCAAGGGAGCAGCUGGCUAUUGCACAAUUUGCUGAAUCCUUACUUGUCAUACCAAAGGUUCUUGCAAAUAAUGCUGCAAAAGAUUCCAGCGACUUGGUAUCUAAACUACGUUCAUGUCACUACCUUGCACAAACCAAAGCUGAUAAGAAGCAUCUAUCAAGCAUGGGACUGGAUCUAGCAAAGGGCACUGUGCGAAAUAACUUGGAAGCUGGAGUGAUUGAGCCUGCAAUGAGCAAAGUAAAAAUAAUACAGUUUGCUACGGAAGCAGCUAUUACUAUUCUGAGAAUCGAUGACAUGAUAAGGCUUGUCAAAGAUGAGAGCCAGAACGAUGAUUAGGCAGCAGCAUAUAGAUCUGGACUUGUGCUAAUGGAGCUAAUACGAUUGGUUUGGACUUACAAUAGAUAUGUUGCAUUUUGCAUUGCCGUUUUGAGAAUUGAUCCCACCAGCUUUUGUCGAUUCAGAAUGGGUUUUUCCUUUAUCCCGUGAAAUCAUUCCUUAAUCUUGUACUUUGUUGUGAGUUUAAUAUGAAAGAGCCUUGUUAACACUGUGUAGGAAAAUUUAAAGUAAAAAUUCUUUUUAGAAUACUGAAUCGGUGAAGUGGAAGUUUUGUUUUUAGCUGGUC